UAAGAAAAGCAAAAGCCUCUCCCGUGGCUACUGUGUGCAUAACCCCCCAAACACGCACAGAUAAAAGAAAAACAUAAAUAAAAAGCGAUAGCGAGAGAGAUAUACUACAAUCUUUAGAGAGAGAGAGACACACAGAGAAGAGGGUUUCCGAAACUUCUGAUAAAUCUUCACCCCGCUGCGGAUGAUUCAUCACACAACUACAAUCCAAUUCGAAUAACUGCACUACACGGCACACUCACUCUAUUUCGUGCUUCGUGCGUGCGUGCGUGCGUGUGAGAGAGAGAGGGAGAUUGUUUCCGUAUUGUAUAAAUUGGAGUGGAAAAAGAGGGGGAAAGUGAUUGAAGAAGGAGAUACGGUGAGGAGUAGCCCUAGAUCUGUCGCCGAGAGGAUGAGUACAAGCAGGGGAAGCGGCGCGGGGAAUGGGGGCGGGGUACAACUCAUUCCCGCGGGGGCGCGGAAGGUGGUGCAGAGCUUGAAGGAGAUAGUUAACUGCCCUGAGGCGGAGAUCUACGCUGCUCUCAAGGACUGUAAUAUGGACCCUAACGAGGCUGUCAAUCGUCUCCUGUUUCAGGAUCCUUUCCUUGAGGUGAAGAGCAAACGAGAAAAGAAAAAAGAGGGUAAAGAUAACUAUGACUCUAGGCCUCAUGGUGCUAAUAAUAGUUCAACUCGACGCAGUAGGAAUGGUGCAGAUAGACAUCUUGGCCGUGGUGCUUCUGCAACAUACAGUGCGUCUGCAACAUACAGUGCUUCUGAGUCAAUGCAUGGAAAGCCAACAUAUAAGAAAGAAAAUGGAUCGGCUUCUUAUAAAAGUAACUUUUCUUCAGCACCCGGUGUGUCAGCAAAUAAUAGAAGCCAAGUACCUUCAGGCUUCAGUGAUGGCAGCACCACUGAGAGUAAAGGAUCCUUGUUGGGUGCAGCUGAUGGUAUGCCUUCUGUUGUAAAGACAGCUUCUGGAUACCAAUCUGCGUGGGUGGGUGUUCCUGGUCAAGUUUCCAUGGCUGAUAUUGUGAGGAUGGGCAAACCGCAUAAUAAAGCAUCUCAUGCUCCAACUGCAUCUCAUCACAACAUUCAAGACACUCCUGCCACUGAACCAUUCCCUCAUCUAAGAUCUGCUUCAGAUCAUGCUUCUAAAGCUAAUCAAUCAGAAUUUUCUUCAGUUCAGCAUGCUCCCAGCACUGAUGAGUGGCCUGUAGAGAAGCCAGUUUCUACACAUGUGUUACCUGUCCCAGAAUAUACAGUUGAAGCUGAGCUGUAUCCAGAGGAGUCUGGUGUAUCUGAUGGAAUCGAUCACCAUUAUGAGGAAGAAGAGGUUCAAGAAAGAGAAGAUGAUAAUAAUGGAAACUCUGGUGGAAAUGAUUUGGGUUCUGUUUCUGUACCCAAUAAGAAGAUUCCGGAGAAUGAUUCAAGAGGUUCAUCACUAUUUGAGAAUGAGUUGUAUCAAAAUAUGGCUUCGUACCAGUCUGAGGCUCCUGAGUACGAGCUUCAUGAAGGUGAAGAAGUUGGUGCUUCAGUGGCAUCAGUCACCCGAAAUUUUGAACAGCUAACUGUAGAAAAGGAUGAUACAGGGUUUCAAUCUGAAGAAAAUACUCCUUCGGUGGUAAUUCCUGAUCAUUUGCAAGUUCAAGCAGCAGACUGUUCACACUUGAGCUUUGGUAGUUUUGGAUCUAGCAUGAAUGCUUCAUAUCCUUCUGGAGGUUUGACAUCUGCGCCUGUAAAAAGUAACUUGGAUGAGGGACAUAAUGAGGCUGAUACUUCAUCAGCUGGGCAUGCGGAUACUAGACAGUCAGAGUAUUAUACUGAUGAUUCUCUUAGGGAUACAUCCGAUAGGUUCCAUAUCAAUGGUUCGAAUGGUGCCAUUGCAGGGACAUAUGAUGCACCUUCUGCUUCACAGCCAGAAGAGUUGAAGCCUGAGAGUACUGAAGUGGCUCAUGGAAAUCAAUAUUCUUUUCCAUCUGCCAAUCCUGGUUAUGCCUUAGAUGAUGCUCAAAGACUGAAUGCUGCUUUUAAUGAGACAAGUUCCCAGAUGCACAAUCUUGCUCAAUUUUCUAAUGUUAUGCAGUCAUACCCAAAUUCGCUGCCAAGCACAUUGUUGACUGGAAAUGUUCACUCUGCUAGAGAAUCUGAUCUUCAAUACUCACAGUUUCCCGUCUCGCAUUCGAUGUCUGCAAAAUAUGGGAACUCUGUUUCUUCUGUCGGUGUUUCAUCAAUCUCUAUGUCUGAGGCUUUGAAGACUGCUAAUUCAUCAUCACAGCCUACUCCACAGUCGCAUUCAGGAACGAGUGUAGCGACUGGACCUCCUCUGCCUCAGCAGCAUAUUGCUGUACAUCCAUAUUCUCAGCCAACACUUCCUCUGGGACCGUUUACCAACAUGAUUAGCUACCCCUACAUGCCUCAGAGCUACACUUACAUGCCUUCUGCUUUUCAGCAAUCAUUUGCUGGUAACAGCACGUACCAUCAGUCCCUGGCUGCUUUACUUCCUCAGUAUAAAAGCAGUGUUGCAGUCAGUAGUUUGCCUCAGUCUGCUGCUGUCCCUUCUGGAUACGGUGGUCUUGGAAAUACUGCCACAGUUCCCGGAAAUUAUCAGAUGAAUGCUCCUGCUGCCCCAUCUGGAUCAGCUAUAAACUAUGAUGAUGUUUUGGCUCAGUACAAGGAAAAUAGUCACCUGCUUGCGCUUCAGCAGCAACAACAGCAGCAGCAGCAGGUAAUGCUUCUUGUUUUAUUUGUGCUUGAAUUGAUUCCAGUUAAUUUCUGUGUCUUGAUAGAAGUCUUGCAUAAUAACUUCUGGCAUUCUCUCAGAACGAGAACCAAGCUAUGUGGCUUCACGGGCAAGGUUCAAGAACGGUGCAAGCUGUUCCAUCCAAUGCGUAUUACAAUUACCAGGGACAAAACCAGCAGCCCGGUGGUUUCAGGCAAGCUCAGCAGCAGACGCAGAAUUAUGGGGCCCCGGGUUACCCAAAUUUCUACCAUUCGCAGGCCGGGAUCUCCCUCGACCAGCAACAAAACCCGAGAGAUGGCGCGCUUGGUGCCCCUCAAGGACAGCCUAAGCAGUCCCAGAUGUGGCCCAAUGGUUACUAAUUAGCUCUCGUGCUUCUGCAACAAGUGUGAAGCAACCCUCUCAAGACGUUCUGGCAUGGUAUGAUUUUCAUUUGAGAUGAUGGGCUGUGCCUGUGCACGUGCCUCGAAGGUUGCAUCGCGUGCUCGUCAGUCGAUGUAACUUAGAGAGAGAUAUGGCUGCUAACUGUUGUGUUGGUGGAGAUGUGUUUUUCUCUUCCACUUUCACUUGAUUUAGAUUCACUUUUCUUUAGAGAGAGCUGCUUAAGUUAAAUGUCGAUUGUCUAAUCACGUUUUUUCUCUUGCUUUUCAAUUGAAUCACUGUAUCAUUUCGUUGUACAAUAGGAAUUAAGUUUUGGUUUA